ACAGCCAGAGGACAGAACACCCAGUUGCAUAAUCCUUCUAUUUGCCCAGAGCCACAUUUUGUCCUGAAGCUUGCUGCCCUGGGAGGUGACAGAAGAAGGCACCCAGCAAAGACAGGGCAGGGAAGGGAGUCGGCAACGAACGAGGGGUGUGCUGGGUGCCCCUGGCCUUCCGCCGCCACACAGGAGAAUGGAGCCCCACAAUGUGACUGCCACGCUCAACUUCACCCUCCCACCCAACUUCGGCAAGCGCCCCACCGACAAGGCACUGAGCGUCAUCCUGGUGUUCCUGCUCCUUAUCAUCAUGCUCUCGCUGGGUUGCACCAUGGAGUUCAGCAAGAUCAAGGCUCACUUCUGGAAGCCUAAGGGGCUGGCCAUCGCCCUGAUAGCACAGUACGGCAUCAUGCCCCUCACCGCCUUUGCACUGGGCAAGGUCUUCCAGCUCAACAACAUUGAGGCGCUGGCCAUCCUUGUCUGCGGCUGCUCACCCGGGGGGACCCUGUCCAACAUCUUCAGUCUGGCCAUGAAGGGGGACAUGAACCUCAGUAUCGUGAUGACCACCUGCUCCACCUUCUGUGCCCUGGGCAUGAUGCCCCUCCUCCUGUAUGUCUACUCCAGGGGGAUCUAUGCCGGGGAUCUGAAGGACAAGGUACCUUAUGGAGGCAUUGUGAUAUCACUAAUCCUGGUUCUCAUUCCCUGUGCCACUGGGAUCUUCCUCAAUGCCAAACGGCCACAAUAUGUACCCUAUGUCAAGAAGGGAGGGACCAUCACCAUGCUUUUGUUAAGUGUGGCCAUCAUAGCGCUCUCGGUCAUCAAUGUGGGCAAGAGUAUCAUGUUUGUCAUGACACCACACUUGCUGGCCACCUCCUCCCUGAUGCCUUUCAUCGGCUUCCUGCUGGGCUACAUCCUCUCUGCUCUCUUCCGCCUCAAUGGACGGUGCAGGCGCACUGUCAGCAUGGAAACUGGAUGCCAAAACGUUCAACUUUGUUCUACCAUUCUCAAUGUGACGUUCCCCCCUCAAGUCAUUGGGCCACUUUUCUUCUUCCCUCUCCUCUACAUGAUUUUCCAGCUUGGAGAAGGGGUUCUUCUCAUCUCCAUCUUUCGUUGCUAUGAGCAAAUCAAGCCUUCCAAAGAUAAAACAAAAAUGACCUACACAGCUGCUCCAACUGAAGACACGAUUCCAGGAGCUCUAGGAAAUGGCACCCACAAAGGGGAGGAAUGCUCCCCUUGCACAGCCUAGCUCCCCCAGGGGACUGGAUUCCGGUCAGAGGAUAUUUCAGAAAGCCAGUGUGAUAGAGUAAAAAGAUGAAAGCAACACCAGAAAUGAGAGUCUUUCUCCAGCACUGCCAGCAGAAACUAUCAGAACUGACAAACCUCGCCUGGUGGGAGGACACAGAGGGAGUCUACCUUAAGAGCCUCGCCUAGCCCCAGCUUAAAAGUUGAUACCUGUUUAAAAAAUAAAGACUGUGGGGUGCCUGGGUGGCUCAGUCAGUUAAGUAUCCAACUCUUAAUGCUAGCUCAGGUCAUGAUCUCAUGGUUUGGGAGUUCAAGUCUGGCAUUAGGUGCCAUGCUGUCAGUACAGAGCCUGCGUGGGAUUCUGUGACACCCCCUCUCAAAAAAAUAAAAAAACUGAAAAAUAAAUAAAAGAAUUCUUCAAUGACAGUCCUAUGAAGGCAAAAACCAAAACUGCCUUUUGCCCCUGCAUCUCCGUAGUGUUCCAUAGGCAUAUGAAAGGCAAUUUCUCAACUAGGCAACAAAUAGAACUUUUACCUAAAAUCAAAUAUCCAAAUCCUGUUCCAACUUUUGUGACAGAAGAGGGAAAUAAAUGCUCAGUGCUCCCAGAUUUAAACUUCAGAAGUCCUUUCUAACCUUAAAAUUUCUCAUUCCUUCCCUUUUGAAAUCCUAUUUGGGGAUGGAUUAAAGCUCCUAAAAACACCAAUGUGAUACUACAUGUACAAAAAAACAUAGAAUGCAAAUGCAAUUAAACAAGACUGGUUCAAAAUCUCAGUCGUAAUGAAAUGAACGGACAUUUCUGGAGAAUACCAUCAAAGUAGAGGGGGAAAGCCAGGAAACAAGAAAACACAACCAACAGAACUGCCCACUAAUCUAAAAGUCUAGCCCAUCAAUUCAUGAGCUAUCAGUGGUUUUCCUAUUAUAUCCCCUCAACACUCAGAGAGCUGCAAGCUACUGCAAAAGGGGUCGUUUCUCCAUUUAAAUUAGAUUUCUAAAAUUUCAAAUUUCCUAUGAAAUGCUUUACAUAAUGCUGAUAUACAAUCGUUAGAUUCAUGAACAUCUCAUCCUUGCAAAUAGCAGACCGUGCCUAAUUAAGAUUUUCAUGCCAUUCAGUAUGAUUAAGUUCAACUGACUGUAAACCCAAGUUAAUUUUAAGGCAGCGUCUGGCCAAUGUCCAAGACCACCAGUACUCCCAAUACCACAGUAAGUUUAAGAAUCACCAGUUUGGGUCACUAACAUGCUCUUAAUCUGUGAAAAGGUCUAUCCACCUACCACUUUCACAUAUUCUCUUAAACUUAACUGUUCAAAUGAUUUUGUCUACCACCCAGCCGACAUCACCUGCUAGGAAACUUGGUUAAGCAGAAUAGUUUUUUCAUGAAAGGAAGGCUGGACUUGGGACCUACUACCCUCAAAUUGUCCUUUUAAAGGACUAGAUAAAAGGAACAUAUAAAGAAAAAAGUUAACACAUGUCCCACAAACUCUGGCCCUAAAUUUGCUUAGAAUAACACACUCCUCUAUUUCUCAGGUCUUGGAUCUGGGAAUUCAGGUUUAUUUGCUGGUUCAAAUUAACUCCCAGUCACCUCCCAUUUGCUCAAAGGGCCUUAUAUUUUAUUGCUUCACCGUGUAACAAAUGUUUGUUAAUAUUAAAAUGGUAAGCCACGGCUAUCAUUUACUGAAAAACUAUCAGAAUAGAGUCAACUGUUAAAAUAUCAUGAAGUAUCUACACCAUACUACCCAGUUACAUCUAUCAUACCUAAGAACAAAAAAAUUGUCUCUUUCCAUUUGAUAUUAACUUCUGGCGGACUUGCAGCCUUCCGAAGCAACCCAAUAAAAGAACCUGGGGCGCCUGGCUGGCUCAGCUGGUGGAACACACGACUUGACCUCGUUCAGAGUUCAAGCCCCACGUUGGGUGCAAAGAUUACUUAUAAAAUCUUAAAAAAAAAAAAAAAAAAAUCUAGGUUCCACUGAUUUCCACAUGCCUCCACCUCAGUAAACAAACGAGCUUACUAAACUCUCCCUAAAAUCCAUCUCAUUCAUGGUAGAAGGUUCGGCUUCCCAUUUUCUGGCCUCAAUUUCUAGUCUGGGGUAUGAGAAGCAAAUGUAUACCAAAAACCUUUCAAACCUGUCCCCCCAAAUGGAGUCCCACUACCCAAUGCCCACACUUUUGGAAAGCCAAUUGGUACUUCCAACUGUUUUCCUCAAAAAACUCCUGCAAGGCUAAGGCAGAUUUGUCUACACUAAGAAAACGUGGUGCUUGGGUUCUGGGGAACUGGACUCCAAUGCCCAUACUAGUUCACCACUUACUUGCUCUUCUUUGACCCCAAUUUCGCUCCUAGAAGAUGCGUUCUUGUAUGUAGGAAGUAACUGAGAUUCAAGAACACACAGGGAAGACAACUGUCAGAGUAUCUGGCUACUACGUGUCACUCACUGCUCCCAUUUAUCCAACUCAGCACUCCUGCAUGGGACCAAGAUAAUCUUAGUCUCUAGAGAGUCCUAGAAGAGACUAUUAACGGCGCUCAUCAUCUACACAUAUAUGCUCCCAGAACAAAAACGGGUGUAGAACCUUCAGCAGUCUUCUCUAGUAAACUGUUUUCCCCUUAACAUACGGUCACACCCACGUCACAGCAUUGAAAGCAAGAAACACGAAACCUCUUAAAGCACUCUUGUACGUGGAGUUAAAAUAAGCUGUGAUCACCUCUGACCUUCAAAAUUACAUACAACACAUAAAAACAAUUUUUAUAAUUUCCUUCCCAAAUUAUCGUUCUCUUGGCUACGGAAGCCUAAACAACCUGAUGUCGAUACAAUACAGUAAUAAAGAGAAAGAGCAUGGAAGGUCACACACAGGAAACCAAAACAACAGUUACCAUUAUUUUGAACAGUUCACGGUCUUCUCUGCCCCAGUUUUGACUAGAUUUGGCAAGAUUUAAAUUUUCAAAAAAUUUAAAAAACCCACCACACAAAACUCCAGGAUUCUCUAUAAAGGCAUUUUAAAUGUGCUGAAUGUAGAUGGGGAGGGAGGAGUAAACCGCAUUCGUCCUUCAGACAGACAGACAAAAGCAGUUUUAUAAUCUUUUAUUAUCAAUAACAAACAGCUGCUUUAACGUGUCGUCAGGCAGCUGUUAAAGGGUGGGUGGGAGGACACCCUUGACCCUAACAAGGAAAACUCAAGCCUUUAUGUACAAGCAAAUUUAGAGCUCUUUUAAGUGUCCAAAGCUAUUAAUUAGUUUAAUUGAGGCAUUAAACUAAUUCUGAAUUAACAUAUUUGAAUAACCAAGAACUAAAAUGUUCAAAUCUUUUCUAGUACAAAAAAAUUAAAUUUGCUUUAGUUAUAAAAGAGCUCUCUCAAUAUACACAAACUAUACACUUCAGACAUUCACAAAAAUGUGAGCAGAAGGCUUAUCAAAAGACAUUUAAUACAAUUAGUUUUCAACAACCCCUUGGUGGUCCACAUCUACAAAGAUAUCCAGCCCAACCCAACCCCCCUCCAAAUCCCACCCCCAACCCCCCCCACAGAAAAGCACAUACUUACCAGAAUUUUUAGCAAGUAUGGUUUGGGAAUUUUUGUGUGUGUGUUUUUAAAAAAGGCCCCCAGGGCAAGUUAUUUACAGUUUAAUUGCCACUGUCAACUGAUCUGGACCUUGACCGGGAUCGGGACCUGGACCUCUGGCGAUCCACAGAUGCUGGAGACUUAGAUCUACUUGAAGAACCACGUUUCUGGCUCUUUUCAGGCACAGGAGACCUACUAACAGAACGGGACUUGCUCCGGCUCCGGCUCCGGCUCCUGGACCGGCUGUAAGACUUGCGACUCCGGGAACGAGAUCGGCUACGAGACCUAGAGGAACUCCUGGUUCGGGAACGAGACCUGCUUCGUGACCUACUAGGAAGGGAGGAAAAAUACAACAUAAGAGGCAGUCCCUACAAACCUAUUAACUAAAACUUUGUCUUAAAAAUGUUAAAGAGAUACCUGUGCCUUUUGCUGCCUUCGAUUAAUUUGAUUUUUCUCCCAUUUAUUUCCUUUCCUGAAAGUUUUUCAAUAGCAUUCUUUAAAUCACCAUAAGAGGCAAACUCUACCACCCUACAAUUAAAAAAAAAAAAAAAUCCCUUUAUAAAGGUACAUACAUGUUAUAGCCUAGUCUCACACUACACACAGCAAACUACAAUACCUUCUCCAUGCACCUUUUGUUAAUACUACAUUGUCUUAGAUCUUAAUGGAGAACAGCAUUGCAACAAGGUUUCUCAACCUUUCCAAACAACUGCAAUUUUUAAUUCUCAGUUGUGGAAGGAUUUCCUAUGCACCAUCAGACGUUUAGCAGCAUCCCUGGCCUCUACCCAGAUGCCAGUAGUGACCUCAACCAGUUACAACCACCAAAACUGUUGUCCAGUGCUCCCUACUGAGCAAACUCCUCCUGGAUUGAGAACCACUGCACUACAGCAUGUCCAAAUUUUAUGUUCUCUAAAAAAAAUCCCCAGUAAAAUUUUCAGUAUGUUUUAAAAGGCGGUUAUGAUCUCCAAUACACACUCACCCUUCAUUUAAUUUAGGUCGAUGUGCAUCCGCAAAGGUUACUUCCCCAGCUUGUCUCAUGAAAUCUUUGAGAUCCUUAACACAAGACAAUCGUGUCAAGCAAAGAAAAGGCGAUGUGACACACAAACAACCACAUGGUAUAAAAAACAAGACUACUGGAAGAGAAGAUGUUAGAUAAAGUACAAACAUGGCAUUUACCACACUUGUAUUCUAUCAGAAUUGAAAAAUUAUCUAGGUCAGGGCACGAAAUAAGCAAAAAAGCAUAUUGCUUUUAAGCAAAAUGCUAGAGGAAAUUCAGAUCUUAACAUUAAAGUAGUAUUAGUCUAUACUGAGCUCAAUACAUAAGAAAAAAAGCAAAACAAAAAACAAAACAAAAGAAACAAAAA